AUGGCCGAAGCCGACAACCCAAACUCAAACGCAGAAUUAGUACUUCAACUAGCAAAUCUGCUACAAAACAAUAAUAACCAGCCAACAAAUCCGAAAUUAUCCGAUAACCUGCAAAUUAAUCUCAAACUCAACAGUCAAAAUUACCCACUAUGGACUCGUAUGAUUCGAGUCGCUAUAGGUGGAAAAUCAAAAAAUCUUUUAAACCAUCUAACCGAAUUACCACCAGAAAAAGCAUCAUCCGAAAAAUAUGAACUAUGGGAACAGGAAGAUCUUAUCGUUUUCUCAUGGCUCAUUCAGAAUAUCGAGCCAAAUAUCGCCGGAAAUCUGACUGAAUUCUCCACCUCCAAAGAACUGUGGGACGCAUUGGUCACCACGUAUAGUAGCGGCAAAGACAAAUUACAAGCCUUCAACCUUCACGUCAAAGCCAAUGAAAUCAAGCAAUCGGGAAAACCAUUAGAAGAUUUUUGGAUCUCGUUGCAAGGUGUCUGGGGGGAAAUAGAUCGGUUUGAUCCAAAUCCCAUGAAGUGUGCAGAAGAUAUCAAGGCAUAUGCAAGGAUCAGAUCCGAUCAAAAAUUAUUCCAAUUUCUAAAUGCAUUAGAUCGAAAUUUCGAAUCUAUCAAGAGAGAGAUACUUCGCAUAGAUCCAUUGUCGACGGCUAAAGCCGCUUAUGCUUCCGUUAGAAAAGAGGCCGCUCACCAGAAUAUUCUGGGAGCAACCACCGGAGAGUCACAAGGCAUUGCCGCCGGUCUAAUAGCGAAAGAGAGUGAAGGAUCAGGCUUUGCAUCAAGAGGAUAUAGCCGCAUAGACACAAAGAAGAAACUGAUUCAAGAUGAUAAAUCACACUUAACGUAUGAUGAAUGUGGCAUGUCCCGACACACCAAAGAUCAGUGCUUCGAGAUAAUCGGAUAUCCCGACUGGUGGACGGAUGGUCACAAAACGGCGGCCAAGAAAAGCUUCAAGAAAAAUUACCCCACAAAAUCUAGCACCGCCACUCCUACCGCCAAAGCUAGUACCACCAAGGAAAAUGAUAAUCGAAGAUCAGAGACAGGGUUCGGUGGCAUAGCGGCGGCUGGAGGUGAUGAAAGGGAGGGGGAGUUCUCGGUGGUGGAAGGUAACAGAAGACAGGGGAUAUACAAUAACCCUAACUUACCAUAUAAAUACAUAUAUAUAUGUAAUAAUAAAAAUAGGGUUAUUUGUAAACCACAUGGGCCAUAUAUAUAUGGGCCGAAGUCUUUGAGUCCAUCGGAGGAACAAGGGGGAGCCCAUAUAGUUAAGCCUAGUUACAAUAAAUUAAAUAGGAAAUCGAAUGGGUCAUGGAUCUUUGACUGUGGUGCAACCGAUACCAUGACCUAUGAUCCAACCGAUUUUUCUGUUUUUUCAAAACCCAAAAGAACCCAGAUUGAAGUUGCAAAUAAGCAAAAAAUGCAUGUUAAAAAUGGUGGAACCGUCAAAAUUUCUGCAAAUAUUAAUCUAACCAAUUGUCUCUAUGUUCCCUCCUUGUCACAUAAACUCUUAUCAAUAAGUCAUGUGACAAAGGAGCUCAACUGUUCUGUUCUUAUGCAUCCACACUUUUGUCUCUUACAGGAUAUCAGGACGGGACGGGUUAUUGGGCGUGGCACUGAGAGAGGAGGACUGUACUAUGUUGAUGAAGUGUCUGAUAAUGGAAAAGUAAUGCUAGCUCAUGGAACUAAUGAAAGGCAAGCUGGGUUAUGGCAUAGAAGACUGGGACAUCCUUCAGUUAGUUAUUUGCAUACUUUGUUUCCGAACCUUUUUCCUUUAAAUAAACCAAUUUCUUGUGAGACAUGCAUUUUAGCCAAAAGUCAUAGACAAACCUUUAAACCUACUAAUACUAGGGUUCAAGAUCCCUUUUCAUUAGUUCAUUCAGAUGUGUGGGGUCCUGCUCCAGUUGUUGGGGGUCAGAAUUUCAAAUAUUAUGUGAUUUUUGUUGAUGAUUGCACUCGAAUGACUUGGAUUUAUUUUUUGAAAAAUAAAGCUGAAGUUUAUGAUAGAUUUACAAUUUUCUAUACCAUGAUUCAAACUCAAUCUCAAAAAUCUAUCAAAAUUUUUAGAACAGAUAAUGGUGGGGAAUAUGUGAACUCUCAAAUGACUUCGUUCUUUCAAUCCAAAGGAAUAAUUCAUCAAACAACCUGUCCUCAUACCCCUGAACAAAACGGUGUCGCUGAAAGAAAGAACAGGCUCCUACUAGAAAUGACUAGGGCAUUAAUUAUUGAAUCUGCUGUCCCUAAAAGUUUUUGGCCAGAAGCUAUAGCAACCGCCACCUACCUGAUUAACCGACUUCCUACAAAAAUCCUAAAAAUGAAAACACCUCUAAAAACCCUUGCCAACUACCAUAACCUACCACCGGCUCUUACACUUCCACCCAAAGUUUUUGGAUGUACAGUAUUUGUGCAUAUUCGAAAGACUUAUCGAGAUAAACUUGACCCUUGUGCUGAAAAAUGUAUUUUUGUGGGAUAUGGGGUCAUUCAAAAGGGAUAUAGGUGUUAUAAUCCAAAAACUCGUCGUAUGUUCACUACGAUGAAUUGUGAUUUUCUUGAAACCAAGUACUUUUACUCCCUGCAACACAGUGGUCAGGGGGAGGAACAGAGUGACACACUGAGUUGGCUAAGAUAUACUUUAGUCACUGACCCUCAAGAGAAGCAAAAUACUCCAGUUAAUCCAGUAGAUGAAGAACAAUCCUCUCCUCAAAGUGUUGACGAACGUACAAUCCCAAACCUGAUAUCCGAGGUAAGUGAGUCUGCCCCUAGUCAUUCUGUGAAUAAUGAUGAUAUCUCAGAUAAUUCUCAAGGUCCUACAGAAAAUGAAGUACAGGCAGGGGUAGAAGAAACAGUUACAAUUCUAGAGAAGUAUGUACUCCCUCCCAGGUCAACUAGAGGAUACCUGCAAAAUGAUACUCUCCAGAAAGAAUUCCUCGAAACUCUAAGUAUCCUAUGGCCAACAUUGUAG